CCCUCGGGCACGACGGUCUGUGGAAAUAAUUGAUGGACAUUGGAGUGUCAAGAGAAAAAUAAAAAGGGUUUAAAGGACAAAUUUCCAGGGGCUGACGGAAAAACCUUAAAAGUAAUACUUUGAAGUGAAAGUGCCUUUCUUAUUAAAAUCCCUGAAUACAUAUUUUAAACAACUUUUUUUAUUUACCAUUGGGCUAGCAGACAGACUCCAGAUUUUCCUUGUGUUUGGAUAUUUUUUAAGGCUGCUUGUAGAUCUCUAUAUUCAUAGCAAAAGUGUUGCCUGUAAUCAUGAACAGUGGAAAUCAGUUUGUGGAAACUCUAAAGAAAGUUGGUUAUCCAAAAACUGCUCAGCUUAAUGGAGAAGACUUUGACUGGUUGUUUGAAACUGUGGAAGAUAAAUCAUUUUUGGAGUGGUUUUGUGGAAAUGUGAAUGAGCAGCAUGUGUUAACUGAAAAAGAACUGCAAGCUUUUGAUGCUCUUCUUAAAUCUGGCAAGCCCAUUUUAGAAGAAGAGGCUUUGGAUGAAGUUCUUAAAACCUGCAAAACCUUUGAUUCAAAAUCAAGUAGCAUGGAUGAAGGAGAACUUCAGAAGCUAGAGGAAGAGUUUCAAGCUCUUCAGAAAAUUAAAAACCUAAAAAUUCAUCGUCGUAAUAAGCUUCAAAUGAUGACCUCAACAAACAGCCAUAUGUCACUGAAGUUGAAUGAUAAAGCAGAAGCAGCAGCUAAAAUUCUGAAAGAGGGACAAGGAAUUUUCACUGCUAUAAAUACUAAGAUAAAUAAUGAACUUCACUCUCUUACUGAAGGAGUUAAGAAGUUGACCUUUUUCUUCACCUUUUCUGACUCAGAACAAGGCUUAGGUCCUCAUCCAGUAUUUUUAUCCCAACUUGCCUUGGAUAAAUAUUUGUGUCAGGAAGAGAAAAGCACUGCCGCACUUACUUCAUACACAAAAAAACAGUUUUUUCAAGGUAUAUCAGAAUUGGUUGAAAGCUCAAAUGAAGAAAAUUUCCAGCUUGUAGAUAUAAGCAAGCCAUUAAUUUGUGAUGAGAACAAUGAAGUCUGCAAGGAGAGACUUGAGAUGGCUAGGCUGCAGAUGGCAUAUAUUUGUGCUCAACAUCAGCUGAUUCAACGUAAAGCUAAAGAUUUAAGCAUAAGCUCAGCUGUACAAUGGGCAGAGAAUAAUCUUCAAUCCUUAAAGAACAAGACUUUUGGAAAAGAACACCUUGAGGCUAGAAUUUCUAGCUUAAACAGUGAAAUUUCAAAAAUAAAAAAACAGCUAACUCAAAUAAAUAAUGAAAUACUGCCUUCCCUGGUGAAGGAGAAUGCACAGCUAUUGAACAUGCCUGUGGUGAAAGGAGAUUUUGAUUUGCAGAUUGCUAGACAGGACUACUAUACAUCAAGACAAGAUCAAGUAUGCAAUCAGUUGCUAAAACAAAAAGCAUCAUUUGAAUUUCUUCAGCUAGCUUAUGAAAUUGAAUUGAGGAAACAUCGGGAUAUCCAUCGUCAACUUGAGAACAUAAUACAAGAUCUGAAACAGAGCAGCAAGGGUCUAGAACAGAGACUGGAGAUGAUGUCUGACCCACUCAUAUCUCAGCAUGCAGUACCAAGGAACACUAUUAAUUCAAGGGAUGCUGCCUCUCAUAGGCUAUACCAGCUUUUGGAAGGAGAGAAUCAGAAACAACAAUUGUUCAGAACACAUGAAGGCAUUGAACAAGUGGCUCAGAAAUUAAAGCAAGACAUUACUUCAGUGCAAGAUCAGCUAGCAGUAUCUUCUCAAGAACAAUUUCUCUUUUUGUCUAAGCUGGAUAGUGAUUUAGAUGCACUUUGUGACUCUCUGUAUUGUGGAGGAAAUAAGAUCUUGCUUAGUAACCAGGAACUAACAGAGCAACUUUAUCAACUGGAAGUGAACUUAAAUAAACUAAAUCAGCUUAUUAUGGAUCUUCUUGCUGAUGUAAAGGCCAAGAGAAAAGUUUUAGAGACAAAUACCCUGCAUCAGAUGGAAAGAAAAUUGUAUGUGUAUUUUUUCAAAGAUGAAGACUAUUUGAAAGAUAUCGUGGAGAAGCUCGAGCAUCAGUCUCAGGCUCAAACUAUUGGUCUAGAGGAUUAAACAUUAAAUGCAUCUUUGUUCUACUGUUAAGAUGCGGAAAUAUUUAGUGUAGACUUUUCUUUAUGAUUCAGUAGGAAAACAAACCUUUUGGAUAAGUGCUUUAUUUGAUAAACUAAUAUAUCAUUAGCAGCCUUAUCAAGAACAGACUGUAAGCUCCUUUAUAGUUUUUGGCGUACAGAGGCUUUGGGUUCAUACUUCAGUUUGUGAGGGUUUGCUUUAGAAGAGAGGGAAUGCAUUAAGUAUCUAGAUAUUGCUAGACUACAUAUUACCCUCUAGUACUUAAUGUGCAGAGUAAAAUGCAGAUUCCUGCUUCCAUGAUAUGCUUCUUCUUUGUCUUCAGAUGCUAUGAAAUCCUCUUCAUAUGUGAUCUGCAAAGUGAGUGCAGAGUUCUGUCCUGCGAUCCUUUGAGAGGAUGUAAGGUGCAGUUGUGCAAAAGUGACAGCAUGUUUGGGUAUAGACCAAGUGUGUCUGCAUUUUUUUUUCUACGAAUUGUCCAAAAUCCCUUGGAUUAAUUGAUUGCCCUUCUUUCCUCUUCAUUCUACUCUUCCAAACUCUUCCUAGAAUCUUGAAUUUCUAAGAGCAAGAGUUUUGAACUUGCCUUUUGUAGCAGGGUGUCUCAAAGAUGUUUGUGUUCAGCAGAUAAUCUGCUAUGAUCUGUUUCUUUUUUGGCUCACUCUAGAAUUUGUAGUAACACAAAUUUCAGAAUGUUUUAAUAACUCUGCUAGACUUACUCAAUUUUUAAUAAGAAAGAUUUUUGACUCAUCAACUGUAACCCCAAGAUAUGUGUAGCAAACAAUAUAAGAAACUUGUUAUAGAUUAAAGAGAAUUAAAUGUGAUUUCACACAGUUAUGAUGCCUUUUCUCUACUGUGUCCAUUGGAUCUGGAUCCUGAUGGGAGCAACAAUUCUACUUGCUCUCUGGUCAUAUACAGAUAUGUUUAUAAAUAUGUAUUUGAUAAAGGGAAGCAAAUUAAGACUGGCUAUUUUUAUAACUGCAGGUAACAUUAUUUUUAGUGUAUAAAUAACAUUUUAAAUAUGUUUUUAACUGUAAAAUUGUAUUUGACAAUUAUUUUUCAUGUUUAAAUGUAUGAGCACAGUCUCUGUUAAAAGUAUUAAGUACUUUAAAAUAUUUGACGUUUGUAAGUCUGCACUGUCUUUUUUGAAUCCUAUUAAAUGUUUAAUCAUCUUGACUAUAAACAUCAAUAAAUCAUAUCAAGGGUAAAAACACUACAAGUUAAUGGAAUGUGUCCUCCUACACCCUUUAUUAAAAAGAGAAAACACAAUAGGUGCAUUUAUGUCCUUAAUAUUAAGUGAUUUAAAUCCGCAAACAUAAGAAUGUUUCAGGUUAAUG